AUGGCUGACGAAGAAAAGCAAGAGUCGCCAGAAAGGUUUGAGCACGACAGACCAGCUUCUGUUCUUCCAGGGGCCUUGUUUAUAACGGGUGUGACUUUCGCAUCAAUAGUUGGUGGUUUUGGCUAUGCCAUUGGGCAAGCUCGUCGAAGAAGUUCGGAAGCUUUUGAUGCAAGAACGCAAGAAGGGGUCAAGUUGGCCCUCAGAGCACUGGGCUGGGGUACUGUUCUAGCUGUCAGCGGUGUAGGUCUUUUGGUCCUUAGUGUGAAGACUGCUUUGGGAGUCAAAGACGUAAGAAUUGUUUUACAGUUAUUUUCUAAGAACCUGGGAUCCCUCACUCCGUAUGAAAGUAAAACGUAGCGCAACGUUUAAUCGACCACUACGUCCCGGGCGGGGGGAGAAGGGGGACUGCUAUAUAUGGGAUAUAUAGGUAUGUGCCGCUGUGAAGGGUAUGGUUUUCAAGCAGUUUACUCUAGGAUAGGGUAUAUAAAUCAGAAAGUUUGGGUCUAGAAUAGGGUACAGUCGAACCUCUCAGUACAGGCACCUCUCUAAUCCGGAUAUCUCUCUAUUAUGGACAGUUUCCAAUGUCCUGACAAAAGUCUCAUAUCAAAAGUAGGUUGAGUUUGAUCAUGCAGGUGAACGUAGUCCUGAAUAGGACUGUUGUUGUUGACAGUGACUGACGUUUCGACAACCUACUGUGAGGUAGUGAGUUGUAUCACGUCAGUUGAUGGUAUUAUACUCUGGUUAUUGAUGAUCGGUCAAUUACGUCUCGAUGUUAUUGGUCGUCUGUCAGUUAAGCCGAGAUGUUAUUGGCUGUGAAGACUUGUAGUAAGUAAUUGGUGCGUUUUGUUCCGUCUAUUGUCACAGUUAAACAGUCUCGGGGGUGGAAGCUGAAUAAUUGGAUCAUGAUUAUUCAUUAUUCUUUGCUUUUUUCUCUAAAUUAUUCAUUAUUCAUUUCAAUUUUUUUCCGUGAUAUUCAUUAUUCAUUUUUUUAGUUUUUGUAUCAGUUUUCCUUUCCCAAAUUUUCUGCAAUGCAAUUCUAUACAUUGUUUAUCAAAAGUUUGCAUUUCAGUAUACAUUCAACCUUAUCUUUAGCAAGUACCAUUCUAUUUUUUCUAUAAAUGUGGUCAAAAUAAUGUUAUCCUUUUCGAUCAAUAGACCGUCUAUGCAAUGACUAGAAUGUGAAGGACCAAACAACAGCAGACUAAUAACCUUAAGUACUAAAAAAUAAUACCGGUAACUAAUAAACAAACUAUAGCUGAAGCGAACACUUUUCAUAAUCGUAAUUGUACGUAAUUGACUUGGUUCACAAGUCGGGCAAGAUAGGCUGCUUGCUUGCACAGGACCUGCUAUACUGCACCACUUACCAGGUUACUCACUCGGUCGGAUUUUAGGACUUGUCUAUUGGCAGGUCCAGGUUUCAUUGCAACCUUUAUGCUGAGUCAUUAAUUAAUUUCCACAUUGUCCAAACACUGUGGAACAUUACAAUGGAAGAUUCUUAUGUUGCAACUUUUUAGACAGUUGCAUCUAUAACUAAAGUAAUAGAAUCAAAUAUCUUAAUUAUAAGGGGAUGGGCUUUUAUUUUAGUUUCAUCUUGAGCCUCUGUCAAACGAUAUCAACAUUUGUUCAACCAUUCGCUAACAAUAAUUGAUGAGAGCCGAUGUGAAGGCCGCGUGACAUACCACAGGAGUGUAGUGUGGGACUGCAAACAUAACUGUCACGACAAUGUUUAAGCUGUUUUACAGGAACUGUUCAGGGUCGACGUUAGAGUUCGAGGGUGUACGCAAGCGGGGGAAGUUGUAGCGCCGAAGGUGGCCUAACCUAGGGGGGGAGGUGUCUGGGGGCAUGCUCCCCCAGAAAACUUUUUUUAAUUUAGGGUCUUGGAAAUGCCAUUUCCAGCGUUUUCCACAGGAAAUUUUCUGUAAAAAUAUGUUCAGUUGUUUAUUUUAUCCAUCUCCAGUGUUGUCGGUAAUAAGGUACAGUGUUUAAGGGAAAAAAGGCCAGUGACGCCAUCAGAAUCUGAUGAUUAUGGAAUAAUACUGAACAUAAAAGAAAUACUAACACAAGAACACCAAUAUAUGGCGAAAAAUAUAUCAGUCAUCACUCGUUUCUCGCGGCUUUGCCGCUUGCCCCUCGCACAUGCUUGCAUUCUACCAUGUCCAAAAGAAAAAAUAAGAAACUACUCGCAGUCAAAACCUUAAGGAAGCCUUUUCGGUGAUCUCGAUCUGGACAGAACCAUAUGAUAAAGACAAGACGGUAAGAAGUUGAUUGUUUGAAUAUCAUCGAGUAUAAAAUCUUUUAAAUGAUUACUGAUAAGCUGAUUAAAAGAACGGUGCGUUUGUACUGACCUGCUCUGAUUGUGCAUUAAACGUCAAUUUUCAGGUGACCAGGAACGCGAGCUGGGAACAUUGUCAAGAAUGACAAAUAGACCUACCAUCGAUGACAAUUUCUCUUCAUUCUCUGACUUCUUUUUUUCCAUUGUUCAAAAUUGAAUGAAGAAGCGAUAGUAGUCUGUAGAAUACGUUAUACAUGUCCCAGAGUCCCGGUCAAUUUGAUGUUUUGUCUGUAAAUGGUGCUCAGCAAUGUGAUUGUUGACGUCACCAUUCCUCGUCGCUCGUUUUUGUUUGGUCAGUCACGUGCUUAGGUUUCUGCCGGUUUCACCAAUGUAAUAAGCCUGGCAGUCGCAGCAUUUGAUCUUGUAUACUGCUCCCUGUCUGUCCUCAGGUUUGUCUUUGUCCUUGACAUUAGUAAGUAGUCGCCGUAAAGUGGUUAUCGGUUUGUGUGCAACACGUAUAAUUAUUGUGAGGUUGUAAUAUAAUUAUGUGCAAUAGUUUCAGACGUGCCUCUGAUGUACGGUAUAGUCGCUGUCGUAACAGGGCCAGAGUUGAAACUCGUCUGGGAGACUAUUCCACAACCUUUGGCCUCUGAAGGUAAACACGCGCUGACCUGCAGCCGUCCUACAGAGUGGUAUAUGUAGGCGGUCCCUAUUCCUAGUGUUGCAGUUGUGCACUUCCGAUCUGGUUUUAAACUUCUGACAAAGAUAUGGAGGUGCAAGUCCAUUUUAAGCAUUUAAAUACCAUGGUAGCAUCUCUAACCUCAAGUUGUUUAACAAUUCAGGGCAGCCACUGCAGCUGCUUAAGAAUAGGUGUAAACUAUCCGGGCUGCAAAAUUUUGCACUGUCUGUAAUAGCUCGAUGUUUUUCUUAGUGGUAUUAGCCCAUACUGAUGAACAAUACAAUAAUUUACUGAAUACAAGAGAAUUAAUUAUAGUGACCAGGAACGCGAGCUGGGAACAUUGUCAAGAAUGACAAAUAGACCCACCAUCGAUGACAAUUUCUCUUCAUUCUCUGACUUCUUUUUUUCCAUUGUUCAAAAUUGAAUGAAGAAGUGAUAGUAGUCUGUAGAAUACGUUAUACAUGUCCCAGAGUCCCGGUCAAUUUGAUGUUUUGUCUGUAAAUGGUGCUCAGCAAUGUGAUUGUUGACGUCACCAUUCCUCGUCGCUCGUUUUUGUUUGGUCAGUCACGUGCUUAGGUUUCUGCCGGUUUCACCAAUGUAAUAAGCCUGGCAGUCGCAGCAUUUGAUCUUGUAUACUGCUCCCUUUCUGUCCUCAGGUUUGUCUUUGUCCUUGACAUUAGUAAGUAGUCGCCGUAAAGUGGUUAUCAGUUUGUGUGCAACACGUAUAUUGUGAGGUUGUAAUAUAUGUGCAAUAGUUUCAGACGUGCCUCUGAUGUACGGUAUAGUCGCUGUCGUAACAGGGCCAGAGUUGGUUUAAGUGUUGGAAUCAGUGUUACUGUGAGCGUUCCAUCUAAGGUCUGUGUUGUAUAUUGUUGUUACUAAAAACGUUGUCUUAUAUAUAUUUUCUUUAACAAAACCCUCUAUAAUACGAACUGUCUCUAAUAUGGACAACGGACACUAAAUCUUGGCCCCAGAGAGUAAAUUCAUGUAUAAACUUAACCUCUUUAUUAUGGACACUGCAGUGAUCAGGUAAAUCCGCAUAGCAUGAAUUCCAUCAAGUCUGGCUAGUGAGCUAUGCCAGGUGAUAUAAAGCCCAGUUGCUGUAUACCAAACAACGAUUUGUGAAAGGUGUACAGAGGAACAUAACCGACUUUUUGAAAGCUUCAAUAACUACAGAUAGCAUGAAGAUCUUUUCUGUUACAUUUUGUACUCUAGUUACUGUUUACGGCACUUGCAAAAUUACGAAAGACGCUUUCAGAAUUGUGCUUUACAUUAACUUUUUACAUGCAGCAUUACGCUGACGCUGGUUUUGUUUUUCAACAGUAAUUUGUCUGUAGCUGAGAUGUACAAUGUUGUAUGCUACUGAAAGACAGUAUCUUGUACCAUGAAUUGAUACCUUUAAAUGCAGUUUAAAGAUGAGUGUUAGCCUGGUUUUAGAUACUGAACUCUUAAAACUGUAAGUGGAGUCAUAAAAGUGAUGUCAUCAUAGUGACCUCUUUUAUAAGGACACCUCUCCAAUACAGACACUUCACUCCAUCCCUUCGGUGUCCGUAUUAGAGAAGUUCGACUGUAUUAUUUUCCAGGAAAGUGAUCAAUUAGUUGAAGAUUUUAGUUGGGAAUUGCCACUCAAAAAUUAAUAUAAAAAAUCAAAAUCAGCAAGUUUGAAUUUACACAACUCAGCCUAAAAGCUAUUCUAGGAUGGGGGGGGGGGGGGGAAGGGAUUUGGGGAGUUUAGUGUAGUGUAGGGUAGCAAAAUCCAGCUGAACUAGCUCUUGUUUAGGCUGAGGUUUCCAGGAUGCCAGCGGCACAUCCCCACCCGAAAAUUCCUAAAAUACCUCCCUGAGAACUACAUUUACAUAUACCAUAUACAUAAGUUUAUAGUCACCGCCAGCAUAAUCUUACCAGAUUGUAACUGGGCUCAUUAAUAAUAAUAAUAAUAAUAAUAACUUUUUUAAUCCCCUCAAAAAGGCUUUUCAGCUUAAUUUACAAUGUCAAAUAUCUAAAACUUAGUUUUCCAAAAAUACCCUUAAAAAAUGCUGUUUUAUUUUAACCUUAAAUACAUCUAAAUUAGUGAUAGACUGAAACUCGUCUGGGAGACUAUUCCACAGCCUUUGGCCUCUGAAGGUAAACACGCGCUGACCUGCAGCCGUCCUACAGAGUGGUAUAUGUAGGCGGUCCCUAUUCCUAGUGUUGCAGUUGUGCAUUUCCGAUCUGGUUUUAAACUUCUGACAAAGAUAUGGAGGUGCAAGUCCAUUUAAGCAUUUAAAUACCAUGGUAGCAUCUCUAACCUCAAGUUGUUUAACAAUUCAGGGCAGCCACUGUAGCUGCUUAAGAAUAGGUGUAAACUAUCCGGGCUGCAAAAUUUUGCACUGUCUGUAAUAGCUCGAUGUUUUUCUUAGUGGUAUUAGCCCAUACUGAUGAACAAUACAAUAAUUUACUGAAUACAAGAGAAUUAAUUAUAGUGAUCAACGUACGCCUAUUCACAUCAUACCCCACUCACUAGACAGCUUGUGCUCAUGUUUUCAUGAUAAUUGUCUGCAGACUCCUUCUGAUAGCAGGGAUACUUUGUAAGCCCCCUGAAUUGACUACCCUGAGUGAAACUUAUUUUUUAUUUUGAUUUUUUUUCUAAAUAAAGAGCCAAGGCAUAUAUCUGUUAUACCCCAAGCCCUUCUUUUACAUCAUACAUGAACAGUAAAUGCAUUAUAUACAUGGAGGAACAAAAGAAGAAAAAUUAAAACUUGUUUUUUUUAAUAUCCUGUAUCACACAAUCCUUUCUGAUAACAUAACUAAGAUGAUUAGCACACUUUUGCAAGGUUGUAUGUUCUGAAUAUAGUGUUUGCAAAAUAUUCCAAUUCAUGACUUUUCAGUUAUUGCAAUCUUUCAGGCAAAAGAGUUUGGUUUGAAAAUGAAAAGCAUUCUUCCUGCAAAAGAUGGAGAAUUUGUGGCAAAGUUUGAAUCUUGGAGAAUUCCAAGAAAUAAAGGAGAUGGAAGUGAACAAUGGUCAUCUUUGGGUUCGAAUUCAAAGACUUAGAAAACAGUGCUGUUCUUGUUGGCAGAGGUUAUAAAAGCAGGAACGAACAAAGUAAUGGAGACCUCACAGUACAUGUAUGCAAAUAACACUGGGCCCCCAGGUGGGGGUAGGUCACUGCAGCUUGUAGGGACUGUCAGUUGAGGCAACUCUGGGGAACUUGCCUGCUACAAUCAUAGCUUUUAAUCAAGAAAAACGAAAGACUGAGAGCUACACUUCAUUAUAACAAAGACAUCAAUUUUACAAACUCCAAUAAUUUGCAUCCAACUUUUAAUACUUGUUUGCAAUUUACAAUAAUAAGCCCAUAAAGUGAAUAAAUACCAUGUUGCUAUGUUUUUCAGUACUCUUUAAAUAAAGCCAUAAUGUAUGAUUAAAAGAAAAAAUGGAUAUGCACCAUAACAUGAAAUGUAUACAAGGUGUGUUUCAGUGUUUCUUUUCAUGUGUCAACAAACAAUGUAAUAAAAAAUAAUAUGUUUAUUACAAAUAUGAGGAAAAUAAUUAUUAUUUAAAAAUCUAAGCUUAAAAUGUAUUUUUAAGUAGAAUUUAUGGUACAUUAUACACUCUAGGUCCCUCUCUAGUAAUCUACAUCCUAAAAAACUGAGGCUAAGCACAAUAAUUCUAAAGGUGUGUUCUUUUGAAUUUACAAUCCAGUUUUGGUCUUCAGUUUUCUGUAUCAGACUGUUGCAUGUGUAUUAAGAAGAAAGAACCUAUUCAACUGCAUCAUUCUUACACCUUCAAGGAUAAUAACAUGC